UGGAGCACUCGAGCUGAUUCGAUCAAAUGCAUUGGGCGUACGCUUAUAGACUCGAUGAACCCAGUCAUCGUGAAGCCAGUCGGCAGGCGUGCGAGCGGGUCCUCGAAUGAACCUGCUCUCGGCUCAGUUAUCGCAACUCCAAUCCGCCACACUCCGCUUCCGCGACCUCCUCAAAGCCUGCAUCGGCCGGCGCGACCUCACCGCCGGCCGCGCCCUCCACGCCCUCUUCCUCAAGUCCUUCGUUCCCCCCUCCACCUACCUCGCCAACCACUUCGUCCUUCUCUAUUCGAGCUGCGGCCAGCUCGCGCUCGCUCACCAGUCGUUCGAUGAAAUUUCCCACCCGAACGUCUUCUCCCACAACGCCCUCCUCGCCGCUUAUGCCCGCCUGUCCCACCCCGACGCAGCUCAUCGUCUCUUCCUACGGAUCCCCUUCCCUGACCUCGUAUCCUACAACACCCUCCUCUCUGCCUUUGCCGCUGCGGAUGGCGCCUGCUCCCUCGAUUCCGUUCGCCUUUUCUCACACAUGCGCCGCCUUGGCUCUGAUGCCGAUGGCUUCACCCUCUCCUCUGUCAUCUCCUCUGUUGUUGAUGACGUCGAACAGUUACACUCGCUUGCUAUCGCCUCGGGUCUUGACUCGUAUGUAUCUGUCAACAAUGCUCUUAUCAGCAGCUAUAGUAAAGGUGGCCUCUUGAAUGAAGCCGAAAGGGUUUUUUGUGGGAUGGUGACCUCGCGAGAUGCUGUUUCUUGGAACUGCAUGAUCGUGGCUUACGGGCAGCACCGGCGAGGACCGAAAGCUCUCAACUUGUUUCAGGAAAUGAUGAGGAAGGAAUUCGAAGUCGACAUGUACACGCUGGCGAGUCUGCUGACAGCAUUCACAUCAGUGAAGGACUUAGAUGGCGGUGCACAAUUCCAUGCGCAGCUGAUCAAGACGGGUUUUGAGAGGAAUUCACAUGUCGGAAGUGGUCUGAUUGAUCUGUACUCAAAAGUCGGUCAGAUAUGCGACGCAAGGAAAGUUUUCGAGGAGGUUGAUGAUCCUGAUUUGGUUGUAUGGAACACUAUGAUCUCGGGGUACUCUGUCAAUGAUGAGUUCUCCGAGGAAGGUAUCCAAUGCUUUCGUGAGAUGCAGCGAGCCGGUUUCAGGCCUGAUGAUUGCAGCUUUGUCUGUGCAAUCAGUGCGUGCUCAAAUCUGUCAUCCCCAUCUCAAGGGAAGCAAAUGCAUGGACUGACGAUUAAGACUGAAUUUCCAAGCAACCAAAUCUCGGUCGACAAUGCACUAAUUUCCAUGUAUUCAAAAUGUGGCAAUCUCAGGGAUGCUCAUAUGCUGUUCAAGAGGAUGCCCAAACAGAAUGUGGUCUCGUUCAACACAAUGAUCGGGGCAUAUGCUCAGCACGGACUUGGAUUAGAAGCGUUGGUUCUGUUCAAAGAGAUGCUUAAUUUGGAUCAUGUGCCCACGAGCAUCACUUUCAUUUCUGUGCUUUCCGCGUGUGCUCACACCGGAAGGGUUGAUGAGGGUUGGAAGUACUUCAAUUCUAUGAAACAAAAGUAUGAUAUUGAACCUGGAGAAGAGCAUUACUCGUGCAUGCUAGAUCUUCUGGCUCGAGCUGGGAAGUUUGAUGAGGCUGAGGGGCUAGUCAAGAGAAUGCCAUUUGAUCCAGGCUUGAUUGGAUGGGCUACAUUACUCAGUGCUUGUCGGACCCAUGGAAACUUGGAGCUGGGUGCAAUGGCUGCAGAGAAGCUUCUUCAGCUGGAGCCUGCUAAUGCAGCUGCCUAUGUGAUGCUGUCAAACAUGUAUGCUAGCACAGGUAGAUGGGAUGAGUUUGCGACAGUUAGAAAGCUGAUGAAAGACAGAGGGGUAAGGAAGAAACCGGGUUGCAGUUGGAUUGAACUGGAGAAGAAAAUCCAUGUGUUUGUUGCUGACGAUGUUACACAUCCAAGGAUUAAGGAUAUCUGCCAGUUCUUGGAGGAGAUGUCGAAGAAGAUGAAGCUAGCCGGGUAUGUCCCAGAUGUGAGAUGGGCUCCCAUAAGGGAUAAUAUUACAGGAGAGACAAGGGCUGGAUACCACAGUGAGAAACUCGCUGUUGCAUUCGGGUUGAUCAGUACUGCCGAAGGAGUACCUAUAUUGGUGGUGAAGAAUCUUAGAAUAUGUGGAGAUUGCCAUAGUUCGAUCAAGUUUAUUUCUGCAAUCACCGGAAGGGAGAUUACUGUGAGGGAUGCACAUAGGUUUCAUUGUUUUAGCGAUGGCAAUUGCUCCUGUGGAGAUUUCUGGUGAAGACUCUCAAGCAGACAAGUUUUCUUGCAAAGCAUAAUAACCAAGCUUGAAGCACCUAAGGAGUGGGAUUCCAGGUUCUGAUUCUUCCCAAUAUCUCCACAUAUGCAACAUUUGCACUGCAAGCUGAGAUUUUAAGCUCUGUGUUAAUUACUGGUGGUGUUACCCAAAGUCAUGACCUACAAGAUCCUAAUAGUUGCAAGUGUUGGUGAUACAGCUUCCAUCAUGCUGGGGCUGCAGCUGACACUGUGUAUCACCAUCGAAACAAAGAGGUGUGUUUUCACUAAACCCCUCAACUUCAUUCAUUAGGUGGAAAUAAAUUAGAGGAUUUGUCUUGAUCCAAAAUUACUUCUAAUAUUUGAACACUGGAUUAGUUUAAUUAUUUUCUUUUUCAAAACAGUGAGUGAAUAUUUAUUAUUAUCAAUCAUGAGAUCAAUCAUGAGGUCAAUGGUCAUUGACUUUGUCCAAAGGACAUUUCUUUUCAUUGGACAUUGACUUUGUACACUUGAUAAUCUGCUGUUAGAUGGAAAAGUCAAUGUCCUUUCAAUUUCUGACAAAUGCAUGAUAAAAAGAACCACUGUGGUAGAGUUUUCCUAGUGUCCAUAUUGACAAUAAAUUGUGGCUCACAGAUUUUUCCACUACAAAUGACAAAGGUUUUGUCAGAUAUAAUUUGCUUCAAAAGCAAAAAAAAGGUAUUGCAUACAUACAUGAAUUGAACCAAUCAAACGAGAGCUCUGAUUGGUGGGAUUUGGUGGACUGUAUUGGAUAUGGUCCGCUGAAUCCACGCCCAUGUCUUGGGCCUUUAAUGCGAGCAUGAUCGAUAUCGGAGCCCAAGGGAGAGUUCGUGGGUCGGAUCUUAUUGUAUAAACCGACCUAUUUCCGACCCGAGUCCGAAAUCAUACACCCUCCCUUAUAUACCAAAAAGCUAUUCCGAAAAGAAGACGCGGACGAGGCGGUUCGCUCGCCGCUCGACCGAGUCAUUCUCCAGAUCCAUCCUUGGUUUCGAGAACUCUUUCGUGUUCCUCCCCCCUAUCAGCGAUCCGUCGAAGCAUGCCUGUGAACUGAGCGUCUCAACUUGGAGCUUUGUUUUGGAUCAAGUUGAAGAGAUGAGCCCCGAUGACAGGCAGGGCGACCAAAACACGUGGCAGGAGAGGAGUACGCGUCCAGGGGUCGGGGAUCUAUUCUCUCCGUAUUGAUUAGAGCCACCGCCAUCACCUUUGCGGUAAAUUUCACGCCUCUCCCGCUUCUUGAUUGGUUCGCUUCUUGCGACGUUCGAGGGUUGUAUAGUUUUGCGACGCUUUCAACGAUCGAUAGCAGUUCUGUGAGUGAUUUCAGCGUAACAAAUGGCUUAUGUUUGUAUUUUACUGGUGUUCUUUGGUAAAUUUGACGCCUGUCUCCCGUUUCUCGAUUCGGUCUCUUCUUGCAAUGUUCGAGGGUCAUGGAGUUUUGUGACGUUUUCAAAUAUCAAUAGCAGUCCUGUGAGUGAUUUCGGCAUAAUAAAUGGCUCAUGGUUGCAAUAUUUCUGUUCUUUGUUAAAUUUGGCGCCUCUCUCCCGUUUCAUGAUUCGUUCUCUUCUUGCAAUGUUCGAGGGUUAUGGAGUUUCUUGACGCUUUCGACUAUCAAUAGCAGUUCUGUGAAUGAUUUCUGUAUAAAAAACGACUCGCGUUUGUAUUUUACUGUGUUCUUCGGUAAAUUUGACAUGUCUUUCCUGUUUCUUGAUUGGUUCUGUACUUCCAAUGUUUUAGGGUUAUGGAAUAUUCUUACACAUUCUGACAGAACCGUCACUUUUUAUCUAAUAUUAAUAAUCCAGUUGGAAGGGUAUGUUAUCUUUGCAGUAGGAUUCUAUCUCUAACAUAGCAACAACUUGAUAUGCUGUUGUGGAGAUAGUUAGAAGGGGAUUGAGUAAAUCCGACAUUACUUACGUGGUUUCAUUACUAAGUUGAAUUCCUCAAUGGAAGGGAGAUCAUGGAGUUUGUAAGAGUUUCGUCACAGCAUCACUGAAAGGGAUUGAGAUUUCAGAGCAAAAGCCACGGAAUACAAUACGGCCCCUGAUCAAAACCAAGACAAUAAAGGUGUCAUCACUCGCAUGUCUUCAUCUUGCAUUGCUAUACUACUUUUAUCUUACCCAUCUCGUGUCUGCAAAAAUUGUUUGACAACUUUCAAUGUGUCUCUCUUUAAUGAGAGAGCAAAGGAUGCAUUCUUGUGCUGCAGAAGUUGCUGAGGUGAAGCUGGAGAGGAGGAAUGGGAGAUGUCCAUACUUGCAGCUGUAAACGUGGAGAGCAUGACAGAGGAGAAAACAGAGUAAGACGACGUCUAUUUUUUAAGUUUUGAUUUAAUGUACACCAUUAUUAUGAGGGAAAAGAAAAAGUGCUUGAUAGAUUUUAGUUGGCAUGGGCGGUCCUGCUGAAAAGAGAAACGAAUCCAAAAGAAAUAAGAUGAAGGGUGUUUGACCAGCUCACGCUACCGCAUUAAGAAACGAAUGCUUAUGAGGUCGAUGGAAGGGGAGGAUUCGUGAUGCGAAAGGUGGGAAGCAUCGAGGUUGAGGUUGGAAGGAACAAGGCAUCCCUCCAUUGUCUAUUCUAUGUCGCAUGGCGUGUCAUUCUUGCAUGCAAAGCUGCUCGCUCCACCACGAAACUUUUGGCAUAGGGCCCCCGCCCUUGAGCACGCCUGCACGCCUUUCCCAAAGAAAAAAUAAGUGGCUGCUUUGGACGUGGGCCACCCUUCUUUCUCUUGCAAAUUCUCAAUCCCAGCGAGCGAGCUUUCUUCAUCAUAACAAUCACAGCAGCCCUGCGGAUGGUCAGUGCAGUGACUGCGUCUGUGUCAGCACUCUUCACGUUCAUUUCAUGCUGCUCGACUGCGGUGUCUCGGACAGUAUUGCUGCAAUAAUGCAUUUCCCAUUCAUAUUG